AUGACAGAACGAGAUAGUACAACGGAGGGAAUGUGUUGGGCUUCUCACAAAGACUUCUCCCGUGAUGUCUGGAAAUCACGCCAGGUCGCUCUAUACUCUCAAUCUCAAUCAAUCACAGAGAGCAAUAACCACCCUAACACAGAAAAGAUAUGGAAGCCUCUUCAAAGUCCCCAGCGCUGGAUAUGUUCCCACGUAUUAGCAUGUGGUUUAUGGCUCUUGCAACCGGGUGCGAUUCUCCUAGAAGAAGGUGUUCAAGGAGAAGAAGCCGUUCUUGUGGGGGACGAGAUAUCAAAAUCAGCAUCAUCUGCGAUCCGAAAGCUAUUGCAGAAUGGCUUUAACUCUGACAAUUACCUUCGGGGCUGGUGGCAAUGGACCGUACUGGGGCACGUUGUCUAUACCGUACUCGCAAAUACACCUCAAGUGGCCAUAACCUUCACGUACUUCUGGUAUAAUCACGUUCUGACCAAUAUGCUGGCGAAUGCAGAGUGGUCCUCUUACAGGGUAAAACGAAAAUCGCUUCGUGUUACUACGCCCGCCGAAAAAAGUGACCAGCGAUCGAUCCAUUACCUUAGCCUUCCAUGGAGGUACUCUAUCCCUCUUUUGGCAGUCUCGACACUACUUCACUGGCUAGUUUCGCAGAGUUUCUUCUAUGUUUAUGCAAUUCCCUGGGCAGAUAAUCAGAUUUUUGAAGAUCAGGUCCUUAGUCAGCUGGGGUAUUUAUGGCUACCGAUGCUAUUGGCCGUUCUUCUUGGAGCAGUUAUGAUGAUUUUGCUGAUCGGGAUGUCUUUCCGGAAGUAUAAGUCUUUAAUACCCGUGGCAGACUCGCGCAGUGCUGCAAUUAGCGCUGCUUGCCAUCCACCAAAGGAUGAAGAUAUGGAAAAUGCAGCCUACGGCAAACUUAUGUGGACAGAGACACCUGGGCCGACAUGGUGGGAUUCUUUUGAAGAUGAGAUAAAAGAGGGAAAGGGCCAUUGCAGUUUCACGUCAGUGCAAGCGGGCACAAGUUCGCCAAUUUUGGGUAGGCUUUACUCUUAG